AUGACAUCAGGACCAAGAUGUGGAUUAGGAGAAAUCUUAUUACCACCAAGACAACCAGGAAGUUCUAUUAUGCCAGGAAAAGUUAAUCCAGUUAUUGCUGAAGUUAUGAAUCAAACUUGUUUCCAAGUUAUUGGUAAUAACACUACAAUUAUGUGGGCUGCAUCUGCUGGACAAUUUGAACUUAAUGUUAUGGAACCAGUUAUGUUUUAUGAUCUUCUUACUUCACUUGAAAUAAUGAAGAAUGCAUUCUUCACUUUUAGAACAAAUCUUGUUCAUGACUUAAAAGCAAAUAAAGAAAGAAUGCAAUGGUUUGUUGAUAAUUCUGUUGGAGUUAUUACUGCACUUAAUCCACAUGUUGGUUAUGAAGUUGCUGCUGCUACUGCUAAAGAAGCUAUUGCUAGUGGAAGACCUGUUAGAGAUAUCAUUCUUGAAAAGGGUGUUUUGACUAAAGAACAACUUGAUAUUAUCUUAAGACCUGAUGAAAUGACUACUCCAGGAAUUGCUGGUGCUGAAUUACUUCAUAAUAAGAAAUAA